UAAUAUUUACUGGACCGUGUAUUUUGUUGUUCCCCACACGGUUUGUUUUUAUCGAGUAAGUAUAAAAAUCUUGUAAUUGUUGUAGCUGUACAUCGCGCUUAUUGUCCGUGACUAGAAAUGAACCGAAUAGAAGAAUACGACUCAUAUCCCAUUGAGGAGCCGAGUGAUGAAGAGAGAGCAGCAAGCAGCUCAGAAGAUGAGCUGGACGUGCUUCUUCAUGGCACGUCGGACCAGAAACGCAAGUUACUGCGGGAGUAUUUGACAGGGGAAAGUGAAUCGUCCAGUGAAGAUGAGUUUGAAAAGGAGAUGGAAACGGAACUAAAUACCUCCAUGAAAUCCAUUGAAGGCAGUUGGGCAGCCCCCGUAACAGGGGCACCCUCCAGUAGUGGCCAGAUCCAAGGUGGAACCAGUCAUAUUCAAGGAGGAUCCCAAACGGAGUACUAUGAUGAUGUAUACUUUGACACUGAUUCUGAAGACGAGGGAACACUCAAAAACCCAGAAACCAGGAAGAAAAAGAAGCAGCGCAAAAUACUGACAAAUGAUGAAUUGCUUUAUGAUCCUGACGAGGAUGACCGAGACCAAGCCUGGGUGGAUUCCCAAAGAAGGGGGUUUAGGGGACAAAGAAAGGAGAGAGAACUGCCUGGUCAGAGAGGGACAUCCAAGCCACUACCGCACAGUGAUGCCGUUCUAAAUUGCCCGGCUUGUAUGACAACAUUGUGCCUUGACUGUCAAAGACAUGAGAAGUACAGAACGCAGUACAGAGCAAUGUUUGUGAUGAACUGCACAGUAAAUAGAGAAGAAGUUUUAAGAUAUAAAGGACCUAUGGAUAAAAGGAGGAAGAAUCGCAGCCAAAAGAUGAAGCCAAAUAGUGAAGAGGCUGCAGAAGAGACCCAGACAGACCAAGAGGAGAAGUAUCAUCCAGUGAAGUGCUUGGAGUGCUCAACAGAAGUGGCAGUAUUUGAUAAAGAGGAGGUUUAUCAUUUCUUUAACAUCCUUGCAAGCCACUGUUAAAAAAAAAAAAAAGACGUUUGGUGAUCUUCACUCAAAAAAACAUGCUGUAUUAACAGGUUUUUUGUUUUUUGGGUUUUUUUUUUUGUUUUGUUUUGUUUUUUUAAGAUUGAGGUGUCGUGUUUAUUUUAAUUUGGCCUAAAAUCUAGGAAAUUGAUCAGCGUUCACUUUUAAUACGCCACACCAUUUUACAUUAGUCUGAUUUUUAAAAUGUCGUUUCCAUAAUUUCAAAUGCUCCCUCGUAAAUUACAUUAUGGGCUGGGUUUUCUUUGAAAGGAUAAUUGUAAUAUAAGCAAAGGAGGGCAAUCUAACUGAAGUGCAAAGUAAAUCUAUCUAUCUCUGUGUUUCAUUAUGGUAUUAAAGUAUAUGUCCAACGCACUCUCUCUCUCUCUAAAAUAAAGAUUCAAUAGGUAAUUUAAAAUUACAAGAACUAUAAUUACUAAACACUGCAGUGCUUGAUUAAAACAAUAUAUUCUGUUCAUAAACAGCCAGUUACCUAUUACAAUACUAGUUAAUGAACAACGUAAAUAUUAAAAUGAAUAUUGGUGCCCAUAUUAAACAAAUCCCUUUGUAAAUGAAGCAGAAUCGGUGCGUCCUAGCCACGCAGACCUGUAUAUGUCGGCGACAAAGGCAAUUCUUGACAACUUUGUGUGGAUUUAGUAGAACGGUCACGCCGGUACCUGCGCUGGCAGAGGAGCCCCACAGUGUAGCUGUGAGAGAACAGACAUCAACGAUAUGGCUAAAAACAACAGGAAAUCGACAGAGAGCUGUAAAAACAACUGAAUUUAUGUUAAAAGCUGCUACUGCCACCUAGA